AUGAUUGACGGUAAAAUGCGAGAACAGAGGCAAUUUGACAAGAUGAAUACUGGAAAAGGCAAAAAAGAAGCUGGUAGUUUGGAGCCUCGAAGAAAAAUGCAGAAGACUAAGAGUGGAAGAAAAGAGCCUAGGCAGAUCAAUAGGUCCAUGGUGAGGCACAAGAAAGCGAAUCAUGAAGAAGAAGAAAAGGAAGCAACUGAGAAUGAAGAUGAAUCUAAAACUGUGAUCAAUCAUGGCAACUCGGAUGAUGAUUUUGAUGGUUCUGAAGAUGAUAACGAAGAGAAAGGCGAUCGGAAAAUGGUUUAUGGUACAUUGGUGAGCAUGCUUAGAUCUGAUUAUCCAGAUAGAGAGGAGAAGGUAGAUGAUGAGGUGGAAAUCUUUUCUAAGGGAGUUGAGGAAGAGGUUGGAGAAGAAGUUUCUGAUGACAAUAACGAAGAUGAGGAGGAAGGUGGCCCGAUGGACGAGGGUGAUAUGGUAGCAGAUGAUGACGUUCACGAUAAAUUUGAUGCGCUUAACCUUCAUUUUAACGAUGAGGAAAGAAUUUCCGAGUUAAUUAGCAGAUACCAGAAUAUCCUAAACAACUCCAAGCCACAUAGGAUUUUGAGAUUGGUGAAUAGAAGCAGGUUUGAGGACGAAAAGUAUGUGAAAUUGGACUACAGAUAUUCAGAAGUCACUGAAACCCAAUCAUCUUCUACCAAAGAACUGGAUUUAGAAUCACGGCUCAAGCAUCACAACGUCAGAGACAGAAUUCAACAAAAAUUCGCUGAACAGAAGCCCGUUACCCAGUUGGAGAUUCAAUUUAUUGAAUCAUUACUCAGCUACCAAAGUAUCGGUUUGCAGUACUAUCAGUCGGAUGUUCUACAGAGCAAAUAUCAAAAUUACUACCUAUUGCACUGCUUGAAUCAUGUCAUGAAAACUCGAACAAGAGUGAUGAAAGAUAACGAAAAAAAGAAGAAGUUGUUGAAGCAGAUCGAGGAGGGAACUGUAGAUGCCAGUGUUGAAGAGAAGCCCGAGUUUAGAGAUCAAGGUUAUACUAGGCCCAAGGUAUUGAUUUUGCUUCCUACUAGAAAUGCAGCAUGGGUGGUUGUUAAUAAGUUGGUUAAGUUGUCACCUAUCAAAGCCGUCGAGAAUAAGAAGAGGUUCAAGAGUCAAUACUAUGACAGUUUUGGCUCGGGAAAUAAUCCACGUGAACAGGCAUACAAGAGGAAGCCUGAGGACUUUAGAGAAAUGUUCAAAGGGAAUUCCAAUGACUUUUUCUGUCUUGGUAUCAAGUUUACAAGAAAGACUAUACGCCUCUAUACAAAGUUGGAUGAGUCUGAUGUCAUUGUAGCAUCUCCUCUGGGCCUUAAGAUGCUCUUUGAGAAUGCUGCGCACGAUAAAAGAAAGGAUACCGAGUUUCUCAGUUCUAUAGAGAUUACUAUUUUGGAUAAAUGUGAAAGUCUAUUGAUGCAGAAUUGGGAGCAUGUGAACGAGAUUCUUACCAAACGAUUGAAUGCACCUCCAAAGAAGUUUGAGGAGUUUAAAGUGGAUUUCAGUCGUAUCAGAAUGUGGGCUAUCAAUGAUCAGUUCAAGUAUUUGACCCAGGUCCUUACGUUUGGCAAAUAUGCAUCACCGGAUCUAAACAGUGUUGUGAUGAGUGGUAAAGUUUCGAAUAAUCUACAAUCUGGAAGCGCCAUUUUCAAGCCCUUAAUUGAUAGUAGUAACUCUAUUAUCGAUCAGUUCAAAGUGAAGUUGGUUCGAAUGGGGCUUGUUGAUAAGUACACAAAGUUGAAGCAGGUGUUCAUGAGAUUUGAUGCGGAUUCCAUUGCUGAAGAGCCUGAUAAAAGGUUUGAGUAUUUUAAGAAUGUCACUUUGCCGCAAAUACUGAGUAAGAGUUCGUACAACUACGGUACUUUAGUUUAUGUUGCGGAUUAUAUUGAUUAUAUUCGACUAACUAACUAUCUUAGGGAAAGUACAAGUGUUCCGUUCGUGGCGAUUGAUGAGUAUUCUAGUCAAAGUAAGUUGACCAGAAACAGAGCCAAGUUUGCACAGGGAAGAAGUGAUGCGAGAUUGAUGAUCUACACCGAGAGAUUGCAUUUCUACAAAAGAUAUGACAUUAAAGGGGUGAGAAAUGUUAUUUUCUAUGAAUUACCUACCGAUCCAAGCUUCUAUUCCCAAGUAAUGAACUUUGUGACUGAUGAAAAGAUACGAAGUGAGAUGGAGAGGAAGGAUCAGGUAAAGAAUGAUGAAGAGGAAGACAACGACUUUGAUCUCAACCUCUGUAUGGUUAGAAUUGUUUUCAGCCAACUUGACAUGAUGAAACUAGAGAAAAUUGUGGGAUUGAAGAAUGCCGGACAGCUCUGUAAGGGAGAAAGCGAGAUGAAUGAGUUCAUUUAA